AUGGGUGUUGUUGUUUAUGGUAUUCUUUGCUUCAAAAACCCUCUCUCAAGUGCAACUGCUAUACUAGAUACAACGGAUUGGGUGAGAAUUGAUUGUGGAUCUGAAAUCAGCUAUCCAAGCGAAGAAAUCUGGUGGCAGACAGAUGAUGAGUUCAUCAAAACAGGUAAAAACAAACUGGUCUCUCGCAGAAGCUACAGCAGCUUGGAGCUACUCAACACUCUCAGAGUUUUCACACAACAAAACAAGAACUGUUACACUCUGCCUACCCCAACACCAGCCAGAUAUUUCAUUAGAGCUGUGUUUUAUUAUGGCAACUACGAUGGCCUUUCAAAGCCACCGACCUUUGACCUUGAGUUUGAUGGAAAUAAGUGGGCUACUGUCGAGACUUCUCUCACCGAUCCCAGUUAUUAUGAACUGGUUUAUGCAAACAAGGGCGAAAACAUCAGUGUCUGCUUAGCUCGUACUUACCGUGACCAGUUCCCAUUUAUUUCCUCCUUGGAACUGUGGCCAUUGCCUGAUAACAUGUAUGCUGGCAUGAGUAGAGACUCGGCCUGGCUUCAAAGCUAUCGUUACAACUAUGGAGCUAGUGACACUGAUUGGAUCAUUGGGUAAGAGGGACUCUUCUAAUUUUCUGCUUAA